CAAUCCUUUUUAGCUAUGGUGGCUCAUUUGUUUGUAUGUGACCAUUGCACUCUGCUUUGUCUAUUAAUCUCCAUCUCACUUGUGGUACAAAUCAGAGCCCAGCUACGCUUGUUUGCCCUCCUUCCUUUCUCACCAUGUCUCCCUUGGACUUGAACCAAGUAUGUGUUAUCCCUAUAGAAGAGGGAGGUCACCUCCCUCCCUACGCACUAGCAAAUCCUUCUUCUUCCUUCUCAUGUCCCGAUCUCUUCGGUGUCAGCCACGAUGAAAGAGGAGGUUACUGCAUCGGCCAUCACCUCCAUCAGCCACAGCAAGAGCCCGAGGAAGAGUUCCAAAUAGCUGGAUCGAGCGAUGAGUACAUGACACAACGUCCUGCUGACCCCAGCGAUGGCAUUACAGAAGAAGAAGAACCGGCGAGGCCUGGUAGAUGGAUGUCGCCUAAGAUGUGCUUUGUGAGGAAGACGAUGAAUUCGACUCACAUCGUAGUAAGCGAACCGAGAGGAAACAGGCUAGUUUCUGAGUUUAGUACAUACUAUCGAAGUAGCAGCUCUCCCGGUGGCAUCAUCAGAGUCUGCAGCGAUUGCAACACAACCAAGACUCCUCUGUGGAGGAGUGGACCUCGUGGCCCCAAGUCGCUCUGUAAUGCGUGUGGAAUUCGACAAAGGAAGGCGAGGCGAGCGAUGGCAGCAGCGGCUCUAAACGGCGGACUAGUCCCGGCUGAUGCUCCAUCUCAAGUGCAAAAAGAGAAGGAAUUAGAUGUCGAUCGAACUCUCCCCUUCAAGAAACGGUGCAAGGUUGACACUGCCAGCAGUAUGACUGCGACGAAGCUUUGCUUUGGUGAAGCUAAACUAAGCUCGAACAGGAGCUCUGCAAUCAAGAAAGUCUUCCCGCAAGAAGAGAGAGAUGCAGCGAUACUGUUGAUGGCUUUAUCAUGUGGCCUUAUUCGCAGUUGAGCUCUUAUGCAUCAAUGAAGUGUAUAUUUGUGAUGGUGUGAAUGCUAUUUACGUAUGUGUUUGCCCA